AGUCACCGCUGUCGCACAAAAUGUUAGUACAAGAGGAGGCUCACACUGAGAGGGUGCUACGCAUGCGUGUUAGUGCCCAAAGAUUCACUGUGUUUCCUUUUCCUACUGCCGGCUCUUGCUGGUUGUAAAAUGAGUAGAGAUCAGCUCGUUCGAAUAAAUCCUCCAACGGAACUUAAGUUUCAAGGACCGUUUACUGAGACAAAGACGGUAGUUUUAACCCUCGAAAACAUCAAGGAUGCUCCGGUCUGCUUUAAGGUAAAGACGACGGCACCCAAACAGUAUUGUGUGAGACCCAAUUCGGGCGUAGUCGAACCACAUUCCUCGGCAGGUGUACAGAUCAUGUUACAACCGUUCGACUACUCGUCAGCCAAAGUCAGUAAACACAAGUUUAUGGUGCAGACUAUGUACAAACCUCAGAACUACGUUGAUUCGGAGAGCGUUGUUGCUGAUUGCUGUCUUUGCAAAUGUUCUGACUUUGAGGGCUCAUGUUCCUACACUACCAUUGAUGCUUGCUACAACUGUACAGUUUCCAGGCAUUACGGUGAUUGCGAACUCUGCUGACCAGCAUUCCUAGUGGAUAUCAAUGACCACCAGGAAAGCACUGAACGUCAUUGUCAAUGGACCAUUCGCCAGACCACAGAAACUCCCAACGACUGAAACGAGUCAUAGUCUUAUGGACAAAGCAAGAGAAACAUGAGAAAGAAAGACAGACAAGUUUCAUUAUUAUCUGCGUCGCACACAGUAGCACUGGUGCAAAUAAUUAAUUUACGACACACACACACACACACACAC